CUGUCAUCACCAGUGAGAUACCCCAGCCCGGGUUGGCUAACCCCAAGCUCAGCCCUGUUUGUGGUUAGGGGAGUUCUAGAGAGAACAUAAUUGGACCCCUGCUACUUCCUGAAACCUCAGCUAGGACUGCAGGGAGGGGUGUGAGGCCAGCCGCACAGGCGGGGCCCUGGGUCAUUUUAAACUCUCAGAGUGAACGUCUUGAUAGGACCGACAAGACGCAUGACAUGUACUUAGAAAGCUUAUCUUAGAGCCACACUGAGAUUGGAGCCUGCAAAAUAUGCCAGGAAACACCACCCUAGUGACCAGCACUACCCCGUGGGCCUCCCUGGGUCUCCCCAGCAAGACCUGUAACAACGUGUCCUUCGAGGAGAGCAGGAUAGUCCUGGUCGUGGUAUACAGCGCAGUGUGCACGCUGGGGAUGCCAGCAAACUGCCUGACUGCGUGGCUGGCGCUGCUGCAGGUGCUGCAGGGCAACGUGCUGGCCGUCUACCUGCUCUGCCUGGCGCUCUGCGAGCUGCUCUACACCGGCACGCUGCCGCUCUGGGUCAUCUAUAUCCGCAACCAGCACCGCUGGACCCUGGGCGUGCUGGCCUGCAAGGUGACCGCCUACAUCUUCUUCUGCAACAUCUACGUCAGCAUCCUCUUCCUGUGCUGCAUCUCCUGCGACCGCUUCGUGGCCGUGGUGUAUGCGCUGGAGAGUCGAGGCCACCGCCGCCAGAGGACCGCCAUCCUCAUCUCCGCCUGCAUCUUUAUCCUCGUCGGUAUCGUUCACUACCCGGUGUUCCAGAUGGAAGACAAGGAAACCUGCUUCGACAUGCUGCAGAUGGACAGCACGAUUGCCGGGUACUACUACGCCAGGUUCACCGUUGGCUUUGCCAUCCCUCUUUCCAUCAUCGCCUUCACCAACCACCGGAUUUUCAGGAGCAUCAAGCAGAGCAUGGGCUUAAGCGCUGCCCAGAAGGCCAAAGUGAAGAACUCGGCCAUCGCGGUGGUUGUCAUCUUCCUGGUCUGCUUCGCCCCGUACCACCUGGUUCUCCUCGUCAAAGCCGCUGCCUUUUCCUACUACAGAGGAGACAGGAACGCUGUGUGCGGCUUGGAGGAAAGGCUGUACACGGUCUCUGUGGUGUUUCUGUGCCUGUCCACGGUGAACAGCGUGGCUGACCCCAUUAUCUACGUGCUGGCCACGGACCAUUCCCGCCAAGAAGUGUCCAGAAUCCAUAAGGGGUGGAAACACUGGUCCGUGAGGACAGACAUCACCAGGCUCACCCACACCAGGGACAUCGAGGAGCUGCAGUCGCCCAUGGCCCUUGCAGACAACUAUACCUUCUCCAGGCCUGUGCACCCACCAGGGUCACCAAGCCCCACAAAGAAGCUGAUUGAGGAGUCCUGCUGAGCCCACUGUGUGGCAGUGGGGGAUGGCAGGUUGGGGGUCCUGGGCCAGCAGUGUGGCUCCUGUCCACUAAGCCCACCAGCCACAGUGCCCAUGUCCCCUCUGGAAGACAAACUACCAAUUUCUUGUUCCUGAAGCCACUCCCUCCACGACCUCUGGCCCCAGGCUUUCCCACAUGGAGGUGGCUGCAUGCCAAGGGGAGGAGCGAUACCUCCAGGCUGCCGGGAACCCAGAUCGCGUGUGGCAGGCAGUGGGGCCUCUUCAUCAGCAGCCCUCCUGGCUGGCUCCCUUGGCUGUGGGCAGGGAACAGGGCUGCGGGCAGAGGUACCUGGUGGCUGCCCUGUUCGCAUCAGUGGUGAUGACUUUAUUUGCAGGGCAUUUCUGCAAGCAUUGCUCGGAUGCAGUGGCACAUUGUGGGCCCUCUGGGCUCCUGCCUCAGAACAUCAGUGGGCACCAUGCUGGGGGUCACCCAGCACCGUGGCAGCGCCCAGCAGGGCAUAGGGCAGCCUACCACCUCCAAGGGGGCAGGAGUCCUCAUCUGGGGUUGGGUCUGUGCUGAGCUGAAGGGCCUCUAGGCAGAUGUGGGGCAGGGUGGCCAGCUGCUCCAGCUCCCAGAGGGCAGCCCAGACAUCCUCAAGUGGGAGCCCCAAAUGUCCACGCCCAGAAUGACAGUUGGCAGGACAGGCAUGACACAGCCAUGUCAGAGGCAAGGGGUGCCAGGAGUCCCCAGCCGCAUCCUUGGGGAGAAGUUGGUGAGGGGUCCGCACAGGAUGGGGCCCCCACCCCCAGCACGUUACCGAGGCGAGAGUGCAGCAGCUGGCCUGCUUGUCUGGUGGAGAAAGCCAGCUCCCUGCACACUCGGGCCGGGUCAGAUCUGGGUCUGCCCCGAAGGCCUUGCCUAGGCCAGGUCACACUUAUGCCCUGGUUUCCCCAUCUGUAAAAUGGGGCCAAUGACACCUACCUCACUGGGUCACCAUCGAGAUCGAUCCUCCUCCCUGCCCUGACACCUCGGGCACAUCGCGUGCACUCCGAGCACAGAGCCAGGCAGAUGCAGCACCUGGACGGGGAGCCCAGCGCCCAGCACAGCGUGGGGCUUCCAGGGAGGUGGUGCGGGGCGGUGGGGCUGAGCCACGCUCUCGUUUUGUCAGGCAGCUAUGCAGUUGCUCUUCCUUGUUUUGUUUUUCUUGUUUUUUUAAUAUUUAUUUUUUUAGAGACAGGACUCUGCUCUGUUGCCUGGGCUGGAGAACAGUGGCACUGUCAUAGCUCACUGCAGCCUCAAACUCCUGGGCUCAAGCAAUCCUCCCCCCUCAGCCUCCUGAGUAACCGGGACUUUGACAGGCAUGCACCACCACAUCCAGUCAAAACAGCCGUCUUCCCCUUGAGAGUCAUCAGAAAAAUACAUUAGGAAAAUGUGUUUAGAAAUAAAAGCACAAGGCAGGGCGCAGUGCUCACGCCUGUCAUCCCAGCACUUUGGGAGGCCGAGAUGGGAGGAGCACUUGAGGCCAGGAGUUUGAGACCAGCCUGGGCAACAUGGCAAAACCUUGUCUCUUUUUUUGGUAUAUAAAAUAAAUAAAUAAAUAAAAGAAAUAAUGCAUUUUAACCUU